CUACAGUAAAAAGCACACUGUCAUUAAUCUCCCUCAGAAUCUUCCCUUUUGCUUAGAGCACACUAAUCCCAUCGUUCUUGCCACUUUCUGAAGCAGUUCUAGAAGUCCUCUUUCCUACAUGUCUGCCUCGACGUUCUGAACUGAUUCAAGACAUUUCCCUCUCAUGGUCAUCUUGACUUUGGAAAGAGCCAGAAGUCACACAGCACCACGUAUGGGGAACAAGGCGAGUGAGGACACAGUGUCCUGUGUUUAUAAGCCUGCUUUUCAUUGGAUGGCUCUCUGCCAGCAGCAUUUGCAAUUACACUUUAUAAAGACACUCAGGAAAGAAGACUUCCAGAACUGCUUCAGAAAGUGGCAAGAAUGGUGGAAUAAGUGUGGCUUAAAAGGGGGAGUACUUUGAGGAGUAUUAAUAGUAAUAUGUCCUUCAUUGCAAUAACUGUUUAAAUGUAAGCAUUCACCCUACAUUGUGAUAACACUUUGCACACUGCAUCUACAUCAAACACAUUAGACUGGCUGCCCAUGAGGAGGAGUGGGAAGGAAACGGCCCACAGCCCACGUGGACAGCAUGCUGUGUCCUGAUGAACGCGGCCACUCAGCUCCCUGCUCGGAGGUCCAGACCCAGGAAGGAAGCCGCCCGGCCAGGGAGGGCUGCGUCCCCUCCCGGAGCUCAGCCCGAGGCUCCAAGGCCAGGUGUUUGAGAAGGUUAAUGAUUGCCAGGUGGUUGCUUAAGCGCUUUGGACCCGCCUGGAUGCUCUCUGGGCCAGAGGUUCUCAACCUUGGCAGAGCAUUAAAGACAUCUGGGGAGAGAUUUAAAAACACCACUCCCAGCCCCGCACCCGGAGCCUCUGCCGCGGUGACCGUGGGCCCCGGUGGGCGUCAUCGAGCUCUCAGAGCCGCCCAGACUGAGAAGGACGACCAUGUGUCCCAGGGACCUGUCAAGGACCCGCAGCGCACCCUUCCAGGACCACCAGGGCAGCACCGCGCCCGUGGCAUGCCGGGAAGGUGGCGGAAGCCGACCACUCUGUCCGCGGAGGGCGCAGGCGUUGCCGUCCAAGGCUCACUGCUCGCAUCUGGCUCCCGCUCUUUCACGUCUCUUGGCUCGAGAUCUCGCUCCACAGUGCAGUUUCCACGUCUCCUUUUGGACUGCUUGAGUUUGAAGGUCCUUCCAAAUACCUUGUUGGCAUUUUUGACCCACCUCCCGAUUUUUAUUCCUGUUCUAUGACUUUUACUGGGACUCAUGACUUGACGGUCCCAAACCCUGGACAAGAAUACUCCCCUUUAUCUGCAGCCUCGGACAAAGGCCAUACUGGGCUGCACCCAAUGGGGACUCCUUACAUGGAACGGGAUGGAGGAUGCAACUGUGUUUAGAUCGGAGAGGUCUUAACUGGUGGGUGAGGUUGCCUUACAUGUCCUACAGAAUCGUUGACGGUUUUCAAAGAUGGAAUGGGCUGUCUCAUAAUGUUAGGUUAUUUGAAUAUUUUUUCCAGGUUGAGAUGUUUUGAAGAUGUGAAGAUGUCAACAAUAAGCAUGCCAAAAAAAAAAAAAAAAAAAAAAAAAAA